AAAAACUCUGCAAAGUUUAGCAAGUUCCAAAGUCGUUUCUCUUUGCAUCUUACAAAAGAGCGUAUAUUUAUAAAAGCCAUUUAUAGGAACAUAUACAUCUAGUAUCAAUUGGUCCCAUAGAUCUUUAUAUUUUUAUGGUAUUCCAUAUUGUAGAUUCUUGGAGCCACUUUAUUCCAUUUCAGUAGCUAUGCAUAGCCUUUUUAUUUCUUUGAUUGCAUUCAUAUCAAUGCAUAACAGUUUUCUUCUCUUAAUUAUCCAUGCAAAAUGAUUAUUGAAUCAACUAGGAGACAUUGUUUUCAUUUUAGCUAUGCCUUUUUUCUUUGCCUUUUCCUCUGUCACUAUACUUGUUCACAAAAGACUUGUCCAAACUGUGGUUCUAUGAAAGUUCCAUAUCCUUUGAGCACAGAACCAAACUGUGGCGAUCCAUUCUAUAGACUUCGUUGUGAUCCUCAUUCUCAAAAGCUUUACUUUGACACUCUCAAUGGCAGUUCCUAUGUUGUACUAAGAGUCAUGUCUUCGAUCCAGCGUAUGGUGUUGCAGCCACCACCUUGGUUACCCGGUUCAUGUGUCACACAAGACAUGCCGGUAAGCAAUGGUAUUUGGUUAAAUCAGUCACUUCCUUUCAACAUAACUUCAUCCAACACAGUGUUCAUUUUCAACUGUUCCCCUCGUCUCUUGGUUUCUCCUCUUAACUGCUCUUCCUCUAGUAUUUGUCACCGUUACUUGGAAAAUUCAGGUCAAGUUGACACAAAUCGAGCACUUGAGUGUGCAAGUGGUCUUCACCCUUGUUGCACCUUUGUUGCUGGUGGUAUGCCUUCAGCUUACAAGAUUCGCCUUCACAGUUCCGGUUGCAAAGCAUUCAGAAGCAUCCUUCAUUUGGACCAAGACAAACCUCCUAAUCAAUGGGAGGAAGGCCUAGAGAUUCAAUGGUCUCUUCCACCUGAACCUGUCUGCAGAACACAGAGUGAUUGUUCUAGAGACUCUAAGUGUUCCCCUUCUGAUAGAGACACACUCUUUCGUUGUCUUUGUAAGAGAGGAUUCCAUUGGGACCCUUUUGCAGCAACCUGUGUAAGGUACAAGAGAGAAUCCAAAUGGAAAACCAGCUUGGUUGUUUCAAUAGUGGUUAUUGCUUUUUUUUCAUUGGCUGUGAUUCUUGUGAUCAUCACAAAGUCCUUCAAACACUCUAACUACAGGGAGAAGCAGGCCAAGGAAAGAGAAAUUGUGCUGAAAUCAAGCACUGGAGGGGAGAAACCUUACAAAAUGUUUCAACUGAAAGAGUUGAAGAAAGCAACAAACUGUUUUUCACAAGACAGGAUCCUAGGAAGUGGUGGCUUUGGGGAAGUUUACAAAGGUGAACUACAAGAUGGAACUAUUGUAGCUGUCAAGAAAGCUAGAGUUGGUAACCUUAAAAGCACACAACAAGUGCUUAAUGAGGUUUCAAUACUUUCUCAAGUUAAUCACAAGAACCUAGUAAGACUCUUAGGUUGCUGUGUGGAAUCUGAGCAGCCUUUGAUGAUCUAUGAGUAUAUCUCAAAUGGGACCCUCUAUGACCAUAUUCAUGGUAGAUAUCCAAAUUUUCUUGACUGGAAAAAAAGGCUUAAGAUUGCUUUUCAAACAGCUGAAGCAUUGGCUUACUUGCAUUCUUCUGCACACACCCCUAUUUACCAUAGAGAUGUUAAGUCAACAAAUAUACUGUUGGACAAUGAAUUCGACGCAAAAGUUUCGGAUUUUGGACUCUCUAGAUUGGCUAACCCGGGACUUAGUCAUGUGUCUACCUGUGCUCAGGGAACACUAGGAUACUUGGAUCCUGAAUACUACCGCAACUACCAAUUAACCGAUAAAAGUGAUGUUUAUAGCUAUGGAGUUGUGUUACUAGAGCUCUUGACUUCACAGAAAGCAAUAGACUUUUCUCGUGAUGAAGAUGAUGUCAACUUAGUAAUUCAUGUGAGUCAAUAUGCAAGCAAUGGUGCAAUCAUGCAAGUGGUUGAUCAAAGGCUUCUUCUAUCUGUGGAACCCUUAAGUAGUAAAUUGAUCACAAGCAUAGAACUCUUUUGGGAGCUUGCACAUGAUUGUCUUAGGGAGAAGAAAGUUGAAAGGCCUAGUAUGAGGGAUAUUGUGGAACGCCUCCUAUGCAUAAUUAGGAUUGAAGAUCAAGAGUGAAGUAUACAUAAAGUGGUUUCUGUUUGAUAAUAACAAGUGUAUUGUGUAAUAGCGAGCCUAAUAUUUAAUUAUUAAGCUGUGUUAUUUAUGACAGAAAAAAUUCAGCUAGAA